UUACGUCAACUGUCUAGGUGGCUAGGUGCUCGUCGCUCUAAAUUGCUGCAUUUUGGGUUUAAUUUUAGGGGAAUUUAAUCCGUUAGCUAAUAGCUACUAAAAAUGACCCGAACUCGAUUGGAAACAAACUUUAUCCGACUUUUAGAACAGUGUAAAACGAUUGCCAACAAUGGAAAGCACACUGAAUGGAGAUUUGAGAAGGUAGACUUACUUCUUCAAUGUAUAUCAUUACACUUGAAGAACAGCUGACAGAAUUGAAGAAAUGUCCAAUGCCACCAAAUAAGGAUGUUCUAGAUGAUUACACAAAAUCUGUUGCUUUUUUGAAAGGUCUUACCAUCACUGAAAAGCUGCCUUCUGUUACAGAUAAAGUUGUUGCUUCUCAGUUUUUGUCCCCUUGUUCUUCUCCAUACGGAGACACAGUUUCAAAGGAAAUCCGACAUAAAGUUGCAUCUCAGUAUAGCAAUCAAGUUAGGGAUGAGUUGCUGACCAAUAAAUUACUUCCAGCAAAUGAGUCUGUCUCAACAGAAAAAAAUGAAGAAUUUGAAAAUCCUGCUUCAACAUUAAGGCAAAGAAAAACUGAAUUACUGAGCACCAUAAAAACAAACACCACUCCUACUCAUGUGCAGGAUUUUGAUGGAGUGAUUAGUAAUGAGCAGCAAACCCAAGAAGAAAUCACAAAUAAUUUGCUUACCAUGGCUAAAACCAUGAAAGAGCAAACCAUGUCUGCAAACUCAAUUAUCAGACAGGACUUAAUUACACUGGAAAAGGCCAACAUUCUGGCUGAAGAAAAUCAGACAAACCUUCAGACUCAAACACAAAAGCUUCAAGAGAGAAGUGGAUUCUGUACCCGUUGCUGGGUUUGGUUGUUUUUAUUGCUUGUCUGCAUGUCUUUCAUAGGUAAUCUAUUGCUUCAUUGUAAUGUUGAGGUUCAUUUGAUGUUAAUUUUUUCUAUUAUCUAGCCAUGAUUGUCUUCAUGCGGUUGUUCAAGAAAAAGAAGACAUCCUAAGUA